CGCCUCUGCACGGCGCCGGGUGGAAGUCAGCCUCCGGUCCCGGUAGAUGGUUUAGGUGCUCCGAAUACCAAGAGGAAGAUGUCCGCUGCUGCUGCCACCGGUCGCUUCAUGUAUUUCGCAUUUGGAAGCAACUUGUUGAGGGAGAGACUGCAGCUGGCGAACCCGUCAGCGGUGUUCCGCACCACGGGUCGACUGAAGGACUACAUGCUGAACUUUGGCCUGUGGGAGAAACAUGUGGACAAUGCGUGGCACGGUGGAGUGGCCACCAUUGAGUUCUGUCCAGGUGCAGAGGUGUGGGGAGUGAUCUGGACACUGAGCAACGAAAACCUCACGAGCCUGGACAACCAGGAAGGAGUGAGCCUGGGAAUGUACUCUCCUCUGGAAGUCUCAGUGGAGACUGAUGAAGGACUGAUGCUCUGCAGGACGUAUCAGAUGAACAACUUCCACGCCUGUCCUCCCUCUCCUCAGUACAAACAGGUGGUGUGUCUGGGUGCAGAGCAGAACGGACUCCCGGAUGAGUACCUGAAGAGGCUGGAGGCCAUUGAAACCAAUGCCUACAGUGGCCCCUCGAUCCUCGAUCAAAUCAAAUCAGUCAUGAAGUAGACAUUACGGUUUCAUUGUAGGCUCUUGAACUUGAAGUUGACAAAAAACAUUUUAGUUGUUCUAAGAAUGGCACAAAACAGAGAACAGCUAAUGAGCAGGACAUGCGGUGAGAUUGUUUUUGUCCGGUUAUGAAGAAGUGUGACCAAAAAAUAACCUCAAAGUUCACUUUUGUGCAGAUUUUGGAGCCUUCAACUGCAUCUCCAUCUUCUUCACCCCAGUGAUCAUGUUACAGUGGCACACAGAUGUUUCUGUUACUGUGAAUAACUGAGCAAGUUAAAGAUGAGCUGAUUUCCAAAUUGCCAGUCACAGAUGACACAUUUCUGUUGUAUUUAAAGCAACUUUUAUUUCCCUCUUUCAUAGUCUCAAAUGGACAAAAAAAAAGGAAAAGAGCCUGAAACAUGCACGCAUCCUGCAUAGUCAGUACUCAGCAGCAGCUUCUGUGGGAGUGUCACAGCUUGUAAACACUUCGUAGAGUCUGUCACUGCUUGUUUGGCAGAUUUUUGCUCAUUCUUCCUGCAAGAAUGGAUGAAAAUAUGCCAAACAAGCACUUCUCCUUCUAGUUCUGUGAGGUUCUUGGGCCGUCUUCCAUGCAUCUUGCAUCUUUUGAGCUACAUCCACAGAUUUCCCAUGAUGCUUGAUUUAAGGUCGGGGGACUGUGAGGGCCUUGGCAAAAUCUUCAGCUUGCACCUCUUGAGGUAGUCCAUUGUGAUUUCUGAGGUGUGUUUGGAUUCUUGCCCUCAUCAUGUCUUGUUUGCUGCCAGAGUUUGCUGCUGUUUAACUGAAUUCAUUCUUCCCUCUACCAGCGAAAUAAUCUGGCUGCAACAGAGACCGAACACACAAUCGAUGCACCCACAUGCUGAACAGUUGGACAUGUGUUCUGUUCAAACGAUGCUUCGUGUUUUUGUUCCAAAAUGCAUUCGGCCUGUUUUGAUGCUCAUGUGCAAACUUCUAAUGAGGACAGAGGAAAGGUUUUCCAUGAAGGUCAUACUUGUGCAGGUGUCACUGUAGUAUCGUCUGCUAAAUCUUCCUGGAGGUCUUGUGCAGUCAAACGCAGGUUUUGAUUUGCCUUUCCAGUAAUCUUACGAGCAGUUUUCUCUGAAAGUUUUCUCAGUAUUUCAGACCUCAACUGAUCCAGUUAGCCGUCGCUCUUAAUUACAUUCUAAACUGAGGACACAGCUACCUGGAAGCUGCUUCUUGUUGCCUUCUCCUGCUUCAAUUAUUUAAAUUUUCAGAGUGCGAGGCAGCGGCUUAGAGACUGCUGCUUGUUGGGAUAAGGUUUGGUGUGUUUACAAAGCUUUGAAAUGCUUAUUGUGAGCAAACCCUAACAAGCUAAUUAAGGGUGACACCAUCGUACAAGUUAUCUAAGAGCCUGAAUCUCUUUGGGUGCACUAACAUUUGCUUGGUGCUCGUUUCUUUUGUUUUACUUUAGAAUUGUACAAGAGGAAAAAAAAUAAAACACUAAAUGUGCCGAAAGUGUUGAAAACAAUGUUUCCUCAUCAUGGCUUUUGGAGAUCAGUUCGUUUUCUACUCACUUAACAUUUCACAGUAACAGAAAUUUCGACUCAAACAUUUGCGUGCCACUGUAAUAAUAACGAUAGUAUAAUAAUGAGAAUAUGUAAUGAUGAAGAUGAUGAUGGUGAACAGAAAUGGGAAAACCUAGUAAGUGGACUGUUUUGUUUUUUUUUUGCAAACUAACUUGAAGGCUGACAGUCAGUUCUGAAGCAGAGCUGGCACCACUGUGUGGCCACGACACAAUAAUGCAUGCAUUUAAUGAUGAGACGUUUGGCUGGGCCCAACACCUUGUCUUAAUUAUUAUUGCAUAAUUAAACUGUUGACAAAUGUAUCUAAUUUACAGAUGUGCCAGGCGGGGGAAAAAAAAAAAAGCUCAUUAUUUCUCAGGGUAAUAUUAAACGCUGAUGACACACUC